UACAGCUAACUAAACCUGGAGAUAGAGAUUAGCUGCUGAAUAAAGUAGUUAAAACUAGUUUAAGUCUUAAAUAGCCAUAAGGACUAGUGGGUGGCCCUAAAUUCUAUUUUAGCAUUUUUUUUUGUAGUAUUUCUAUACUCAGAUUUUUUUAUUGGUUUUAAAAGGACUCCAGUUGUGGCCAUGUCUCUCUAUGAUGACACACUCCUGUGCAACUUCACCAAGUGUCGGACUAAGUUGAGCGGCUUUGCCUGGGUCACAGCCUGCUCACAUGUUUUCUGUGAUAAACAUGGGUCUGGUGAGUUCAGCCGCUCUCCUGCCAUCUGUCCGGCCUGUUCCUCAGCUCUGUCUGGAAAGUUGGACAUUGUGAGGACUGAGCUGUCGCCCUCUGAGGAGUACAAAGCAAUGGUGCUGGCCGGCCUGAGACCAGACAUAGUACUGGACAUCAGUUCCCGGGCUCUGGCCUUCUGGAGCUAUCAGGUCCACCAGGAGCAUAUGUACCAAGAGUACAGUCUGUCACAGGCUGAGGCACAGCUGAAGCAGAUGGACAAGGUGCUGACUCAGCAGAACCAAAGCAGAGAACUGGAGCUCACCGCGAUGCGGGGAGAGGUCGCUUCACUGAAAAAAGUCAUGGAUGAGUACAAGAGGAAGUACAGUGACGUGUCUGAAAGACUGAUGGAGAGGAACAGGCAGUACCAGAAACUACAGGGUCUGUACGACUCUCUGCGGCUGCGUAACAUGGUGGUGGGUGGGGGUGACGGAGAAAGAGCCCCAGAGCCAGGACACCACAACUUCAGCACUGUGUAUCAACCAGUGGCGGCUCGGCAGGCAAUGCCGCAGAGAAGUCCUCAGUUCCUCGCCACAGGCAACGAAGGGGACAGUCGAUUCUUCUCCUGCCUGGAAGCCGAUGGAGCCAAGACCUUUUUCCAGUUCAGCUCCCCUGGCAGGGACAGAGGCCGGCCCUUCAAGAAGCACUGAGAGGAGCAGGUCUCUCUGCAGGUUACACCAGCACUAUCACUUCACUUCAGGUGUCUAUUCAGCCGUAUGGUUCUGGUUAAACAUUAGUUUAUUUUUUUUUCAAUAUUUGUUGUAAUUUAGAAACAUAUUUUAGGGAAAGAAGAGACAUUUAACAAAACUUUAUUUUACAAAAAUGACUCAAAAAUGUUAAUAUCCAUGAGACUUCAGUUCUUAGAAGUGCAAUUAAAGCAAAUAAAGUACAACAUAAACUGUU